ACACCUCCUGGUGGCUCCCCAGAUAAAGGGACACAGAGGAAGGAAGUUACAGUCCGCCCCCACUCUCACUGGCUAGUUUAUCUCUGCUGCUCCAGAGAUACUGGUGCCUACUUCUUCAGGAUCCCAGCGUACCUUCUAGAACCUCCCUGGGACCCUAGCACCAAAUUGAGACAGCUGUUUUUAGUCUUGUGGACGACUCCUAGAUCCUGGGCCUUUCUGUCAGGAGACGGCCAUUGUAGGGCUCCUCGGACCAAGCCUCCUCAAAAGCCAAGAGAUGCCCAAGGAACAGCAAGAGGUGGUUAUCCUGGGAGGACCCCACACCUCAACUUCUGCGACAACCACCACAAUCAACAUGCCUGCUGAGAUCUCCACGCCUGACCACGUGGUCUGGUCCCUGUUCAAUACGCUCUUCAUGAACUUCUGCUGCCUGGGCUUCAUAGCGUAUUCCUACUCUGUGAAGUCUAGGGACAGGAAGAUGGUGGGUGAUGUGACUGGGGCCAAGACCUACGCCUCCACUGCCAAGUGCCUGAACAUCAGCUCCGUGAUUUUUACCAUCCUCAUGGCUAUCCUCACGAUCAUUCUUUACGCCACUAAAAGAACAUAGCCAUCUUGCAGCACCUCACGGUAGAUAACAGAUUCUGGGGCCUUCCAGUCUGCCCCAAACUCUAGUCUUAGUCCUGCCUGUUUACCCCACACAUAUGCAAAUGUUAUACUCACAUGGCUGUUCAUAGUGGAUUCAAUAAAAUACAUGUGCUGCGA